AUGAACGGUUGGUCACCGUAUAGACCAAAUGUACCAUUAAUGGACACUUAUUGGGAACACAGAGCACAUCUCGCAAUCGUUGAUGACUUAUUGCUGUAUGAUGAACGUAUUGUGAUACCACGAGUCAUGAGAUUGGGCAUUUUGGGUCGAAUCCACCAGGAAAAUCUCGGGAUAACGAAAUGCCGCAACCGAGCACGAAUAUCCGUUUGGUGGCCGGGUCUUUCUAGCGCUAUUGAGGAAAUGAUCAAGAACUGUAGGACAUGCGCAGUACAUCGACCUGAAAACAUCGAGCCGCUUAUACCGUCAGCUUUGCCAUCUAGGCCAUGGGAGAAGCUUGGUAUCGAUUUGUUUCAUUUUAAGAACAAGGAGUACCAUAUUGUUGUUGAUUAUUUUUCAAGAUGGGUAGAAGUUUCGCAUCUACACGAGAUUUCCUCCGCAUGCGUGGUGAAAAAGCUAAAGCAGAUCUUUGCACAACACGGCAUCCCAGAGAUCAUCAUGUCAGAUAAUGGCCCUCAAUUUAGCUCAGAACUCUUUAGUAAAUUUAUGAAAGAGUAUGGAUGUACGCAUGUGACGAGUUCACCAAGAUACCCAAGAUCAAAUGGAGAGGUAGAACGGGCAGUGAGAACGGUUAAAGGGUUAAUGCAUUAG